AUGAAUCAAUCACACGAAUUGACUCAUCAAUCAAUCUAUCAUGUGGACCCUCGAAUCGUUGUGUUUUCGAUCGUUGUGUUUGAAAUAGAAUUAGUUGAGAUGGUUGGACGUCGAAAGCAAGCUGAACCACGUAAAAUCACAUCAGCAAAUCCUUUAUCGGUUAGCGCUGAAGUGUUAAGAGAGCCAACGAAGAGAACGAAAGAAUUCCUCGUCGAUACUACUGAUAACAUUUAUGAUAACGAAUCGGCAAUUAAACGCCUCGAAGAAUGCGUUCAUCCGCCAAUGAAACGAAUUGCCCGCGAUUUCCAUUAUUCCACUGAUAAGGAAGAUUUGUUAUUCAAUAAAGGACAAAAUCAUGCAAAUGUCGGCAACGAGGAAUUGGUUGUUCCAAAUAUAUUAGAAUCAAAAAGGAAUGUCGGUGCGAUUGGUGAGCUGUCGCAGUUGGUUGAAAAAAUUGGAGGAAAUAGUUUUGAUGUGAAAUUCAGCGGUAAUACUGAUGAUAAGAGUGAUAAGAGUGAUAAUGUAUUUACUUGCCUUCAUUGUGCACAGCGAUUUAUAAGUCUUGAAGAACUCGUUCAACAUAUUGCACUAAUGAAUCAUUUUUGGAAGUUACCAGUUACAAAAUGCGAUAUUUUGGCACCUUGGGAGAAAUGCAAAACCUUUGACAAUCCGCAAACAAAGCAAUUUGAACUUAAACUACUUGAGUCGAAGUUUUUUCGUGACACCAAAAAGUAA